CGAGUGUCACUUCAUUUUAACAUUCUUACAAUGAACGUUGCAUAAUUACAUUUGUCUCAUAUUCAGCCUUGAAAUUUGAUGUGUUGAAAACAGUUAAUUGAAAUACGACUAACGAAAGGAAAAAAAUAGAGAAGGGAACAUUAAUUUUGAAAGGUUAUAUAUGAUUGUAUAUAAUUCAAAGAACUCGUGUAAUAGAAAGAUUUCAACUGUCACAUGAAGCUAUAAAUGUUUAGACUUGAUUACAGACAAAAGAAGAACUAUGUAUGUCCAAUGGAGAUAUACAAGAAAUAAUAAGGAGAAAAGGUGUUACCAUAAACUUUGAAUCAAACAAAAAGAAGAAAAUACGGCACUGAGGAUUCAAUAGAAAAUGGUUAUUCAUGGGACAGCUAAUCAUCAUCUUGUGUACCGCGUUCUAUUUAAUUAUAAUGUUAACCAGUACACGUUCUGCAAAAAAUGACAUAUCAUUUUUGGUUGAUACCACUGAUGACGUUUCGCAAGACGAAUUUUAUCAAAUCAUCGACUUCAUUUACAACAUAACGAGUAGAUUGAUAAUAGGACCGAAUGACAGUAUGGUGGCUCUAGUCACAUUUAACACAUCUCCUAAGACACAGUUUCAUUUCAACGAUAUAAGCGACAAAUCAAGUUUACUGGAUGCUAUUAUGUCAAUUAAAAACAACAGUUUAACAGGUACACGUGAAACGCACUUGGCAUUAAACCAUAUUGGAGACAAUAUCUAUGUUUCAUCUCAAGGAAUGAGGACAGACGCACAGUCUUCGAUGCUACUUAUCACGUAUGGAAAGUCACAAUCUCCAACACAAACACAAUUCGCUGCAUUUUUCUUAUCAUCGACAGUUCAAGCUAUUUACGUUAUAGGAGUUGGAUCGAUGAUGUAUGACCCAACUGAAAGAACUGAUUUUCCAAAUAUAGCUAGUUCAACAGAAAACAUAUUUUAUAUAGAAGAAAUUCCAUAUCUAUGCCAUUACAUCUUAAAUAUAACUAUUAAACUUGAUUCGAAUGCCACACAGUCCGAAGUUGAUGGUUGCCCAGAAAUUACAACCACUUCGACAACAACAACAACAAUACCAACAACAACAGAAAUGGAAACAACAGAAUUUACAUAUUCAACAGUAUUAACAUAUUCAACAGAAUUAACAUAUUCAACAGAAUUAACAUAUUCAACAGAACUAACAUAUUCAACAGAAUCAACGUAUUCAACAGACUCUUUAUCCAAAGAACAAACAAGUAAAACAUUAAACAUAGGUGACCGUGCAAUAAUAGUUGUGUCAGUUAUUACUGUGGUGUUGGUACUAGUCACCGUAAUCGUUGGGAUAACCGUUAUAUAUUACUUAUUAAAAUACAGAAAACGAAAGCGAUGCUUGGAACUAAUAACUGUCCUUGCUCGUGAAUAUCCAGACAUGAAAAAUGGAUUAGGACCUUCACGAGUGAAAUAUAUAGAAACAAAACAUGAAUAUAAAAAUGUACAUUCUACGAAGUUUCAUACUUUUUUGAAACUGAGCAUGAUAAGCAAUGGUACCAAAAUAGUUUGUCGUUGAAUAUUAACAAUGCAUACAAUUUUCCCUUUGUGUUCAAAAAGCAUAAUUUCAGACUAAGUAAUUUGUAUAGCUCAACUGUUCAUUUCGAAACUAUUAUGAAAGGAAAAAAAAAAACAAAGAUAUUUUGAACAUUAUUUGUACAUGUACUUUGUAAACGUCAAAAUAUGUGAAACUACAAAGCAAUCAUUUAACAUAAUACUGUAAAUAGUAUUGAAAAGUAUGUCUGUAAAAAAUCCUCCUCAUAUUUGAAACCAUGUUGUAUUUUCAAUAAAUAGUUUUAGUAUGA